CACUGUUUCCCUGGACGCGCAGAGAAACCAGUCGGACGUCCUCCUGCGUCUCCGCUUCAGGAUCCGGACGCGCACUGGAGGAAUGCGUGGCACAACUCGCUGUUUAUGUGGAAUACCUGUCGUUUAAUGCGCGCAUUUCGAGCAUGAUAGUCCCCCUCCGGUGCCGGUAAAGGCGUUAAAGAAAAUGUCUCAGCAGCAGCGGCUCGUGCAGCUCUCCGCGGCUUCGCUCGCCGUCGUCUUCGGCCCGGACGAGGAGAGUUUACGCGCCGGCGGAGGGAAAUGCAACACCAACCCCACAAGCGGCCAGGAGAUUUUUGCAGACUUCAAAGCGCAAAACUCGCGCAGUUUUUGGAAUAAAAGGCUCGUUAAGGCCAUAGCUGAAGUGUACUUUCAGGGAUGGAUGGAAAACUCGGUGCUUUUCAUUCAAGGGAACGCGAACAACUUGGAGGUGCUGAGAGAAGCGUGGAUGCGCAGAGCUCUGAGGUCUCCAAAGGGGUUUAUCAUUAAAGCUGUCGGUGACCUGUCCCCAGUGCAGAUGUCCCCUGUUCCCCAGUCCCAGUUCAUCCCAUUGGCUGAGGUGUUGUGCUCGGUCAUCUCAGAUAUGAACUCCUCACAAAUCACCGUCAACCAGGAAGCACUUGUCAACUACAUGAGCAAAGCCCAUCCAGGGAUAACUAUCCCCACUCAGGACAUCCUCUACAAUGCUUUGGGCACUCUGAUCAAGGAGCGCAAGAUUUACCACACAGGCGAGGGUUACUUCAUCGUCACACCUCAGACCUAUUUCAUCACUAAUAACAUGGUUCGAGAGAAGAACUGGUGGACUUCUGGUUCAGCAGAUGAACCUCCUUUGCCUCCUCCCAUUACGUACCUACUGAGCAACGACGCCUGUGUUGAGAGCACUCAAACGCUCCCAGUGGCCCAUUGCAAGUCCUGCAGCUGUUUUGGUCCUCUCCAAAUUUCCACUAAUAUCACCUCCACUACUGCAACAGCCACUGUCCCCCCCUCCACUGUCCCAGACCACCAUUCUGUCUCCUUGUCCAUAAGUGAAUGCACAGGCAAGAGCUUAAAAUGGCCCCGACCAUUAGAUCACAAACCCUCAGUGCAACAUCAGUCGACUUCCACAGCAGCAGAUUGUCAAGCAAGUGAGAUCAGCAAAACCACAGCCACAACAAAUGUCACUGGUCGCAAAGAAAAAGACAACAAGCCAGGGCGGAAGUUUGGUCUCAGUUUGUUCCGGAGGAAUGGAGGUAAAAAGGAAAAGCCAAAAAAGGAGUAUGCAUCAUUUUCAGGCCAGUUCCCUCCAGAGGAGUGGCCAGUAAGAGAUGAGGACGACUUGAACAACUUACCCCGUGACCUGGAGCACGCCAUCAUCAAACGCAUCAACCCUGAACUGACUGUGGACAACUUGACACGGCACACGGUCCUGAUGAAGAAGAUGGAGGAGAGAAGGGAGAGGGGGAUAGAAAGAGUGUUGGACAGGGCUCUGGAUAAAGACGAUAAGGGAGUCGACAAGGGAAUGUCUACCGAGAUACUAAUGUUCGCAAAACCCAGGCAUCAUCACUCAGCUAAGGCAACAGCAGGGAAAAGAUCUGCUCAAAAGGCCUCUCGCAGCAAGAGGAGGGCCCACUCAUCCAGAGAAAAGCAGAAGGAAAAGGAGAAGGAGAGGGUUAAGAGUAAGGCUCCCAUAUGUGCUGACACUUAUCCAGAGGGGGAGGAUUUGAUCCCUACCCGACUUAGAGUGGAAAUCCCUAUUGAUGAACCAGAUCAAGUGGAAGAAGGUGGAACUGUUGAGGGAAAGUCUCUGUAUAAGAAACGCAUUGAAAACCCUUUCCAGAGCCAUCCAACCAAAGACGCUGAGACCAUAGCUCCUGCCACUCGAGAGCAUAGAAGACGAGAGGUGAAAGAUGGCAAGGCUUUGGGGCUGGGGAGGAAGGAGCGAUCGAGCCACCGCUCCAAAUCAUGGGACCCACAUCGGGCCAAAGUGAUGGCAGCAGAUGGAGAGAGUGCAGUGAAAUUUCCUACAUCUGAGGACAGGUAUGACUGCAUCCAUGAGAGGGACUUUACUGCUGUUCAUCUGCUUCAAUCUGACACGAAGCUCAACAGAGAAUUGCCACUGGACUACAGCUCGGCCUACCCACAGAGCAGUACGCUCCGGAUAGAAGACAAGGUCCGACAUCAAAGGGACGGAAACGUUAAGGAGAGUUGGGACAGAGAGGGUAAAAAUGGGCCUUUUCAGGAUGUACAGGAAUUCAACAGUGUACCAGACCAUAGCCAAAAUAUAGUUGACAGUCUUGCUAACGUCCAGCAAUGCCCCAGUACUAAUGUGCCUACCCACCCCUAUGAGCCUGUCAUGAGCCACUCGUAUGAGCCUAAUCUGCCCUGGCCCAAACCCUCUUUACAGCGGAAACAUUCCCUCAGACUCUCUAACCCACAAAGGGACGAUAUUCAGAAGCCCGACGAGCUCUCUGAAACUGCAGCGGCCCAGGACCAACAGGAGACGCAUCCUGUCAUGAUCACUAGUAGAGAGCAAAGGACCAUGAGCCAGGGAGAAAGACUGGAACUGACAGCUGACAGCACUCCUUUACUAACAGACGCUGAUGGAUUCAUAGAGGACGACUAUAGACUCUAUCAGAGAGCAGCUGAGCAGGAGGAUGAUGACGCCUGCAGCUCUUUGUGUGUAAAUGACGAAGAGAUUAUUGAUGCUGCAAAUGAGUACCGAGCAGAUGUAGCAGAUUAUCAUGGCCACCAGUUGAUUUACCACAGCCGUGAGUCUGAUUUGCAGUAUCAGGGACUCCACAGUCACUUUUAUGAAUCCAACUUUCACCAACCACAAGUCGCCUCAAUUCAAGAUUCAGGGGACUUUGAAGAUCUUACAGCUCAGAGGGAAUCUUCCCUCAGCACCUCCAGACCUGGAGAGACCAGCUGGAGACUUCACCAUCAGAAGACAAGAUCACCAGACACCCAAAAUAAGUCCAACCCCAGACGAGGCGCAUUGAUCCAGGGGGAAAGACGGCAGGAAGUUGAAUGUGAUUUAGACUGUUCUGAGGCACGUGAAGCUGCAGACAGUAGCAUCUUUGACUACUGCCAGACUAGUGAGAUAGAAUCAGACACGGAGACUGUGCGAAAGUCAGCUGACGAGGGUGAUGGUGAGUCCGCUCACUGGGCAGCCGAGGUGAAGGAAGUGCAGGAGGAUGAGUUCAGUGAGAAGAGGGUUCGUCACACCCACAGAGCUGCUCUGAGCAUGCCCAGUGGAGCCAGAAGUGCUGAGGCUGGGGAAAUGGUGGAAAUGGGAGAGAACCAGAGCAUCACGGGAGACAGUGGGAUAGACUCUCCUCGGACCCGAGUCAGUCUGGCCUCCAGCAACACUGUCAUACUCGAGGGUCUCAAGAGACGAGGCUUUUUACAAAACUUGGAGAAACUGCAUUCAAAGAGCAGUGCCAUUCGACCACAGAGCUCUCUGCUGCAACUGACGCCUGUCAUGAACGUAUAGCGGGCUGGAAGACACUGUCACUUUAUGUUGGAGCCUAUGUAUCGCUUCAUACAGAUCAGUGUGAUUGGUAAACCAUGUGCUUAGAUCUUGAGUUUUAUGCAGCUAUUAUGGUCAGACAUAUAUCCAAUAAUGGGGGUCAACCGAUGGGCUGCAACUAAGGAUUAUAACAAUGAAUUCUUGAGUAAUCGAUGAGUUGUUUGGUCAGGAAAUGGUGAAAGAGAUGGCGUCAACCCAAAAGUAUUCCAUUUAUUGUCAUAGUGAACAAAUAUAUUCAAAUUUCAGAAGUUGGAAUCAGAGAUUUUUUUUUCCCUGAAGGAAUCACUCAAACAGAUAAUCAAAAUAGCUAAUUUGACAGUUAACUAAUCCAUUAAUCAAUUAAUCUUUGCCGUUAUUGUUCACACUUGGUUGUUUACUUCUGCAUAUCGAUAUCAAUUACAACAGGAACCUGUGUACAGAUGUACAGUAUAUGUUUAUUUUCUUUUUGUAAAUAAUUUUUAAAGUAGUAUUCCAUGAUUUAUCCAUUCAUAGACUACCUUGGCUAUGAGUUGUUAAAUGGUAAAUUACACUUUAUGUGAUAUAAAUGUACAGUUUUCUUUCUCUACAUGUCUCGUUGGUUAAAAUGUUCAUAACAGCAGUAACAUGUUCUAGCAUUAGCCUUUUUUUCUUUUCAUGUAGCUGUUACCACAAAUAAAACGAUGUAUAUCAA